AUGGCGCUAGAAAUUAAAUAUACCAAGCUUUUCAUCGAUAACCAAUGGGUUGAUUCUGCUAGUGGUAAAACAUUUGAAACAUACAACCCACACGAUGGCUCCGUUAUUGCAAAUGUAGCUGAAGGAGAUAAGACGGAUAUAGAUUUGGCUGUUCGAGCCGCUCGCCGGGCGUUCCAUCGUAAUUCGGAGUGGAGACUAUUCGAUGCAGCUCAGCGACGGAACUUGCUUAACAAGUUUGCCGACUUGAUUGAACGCGACACGGCUUAUCUUGCUAAAUUAGAAACAUACAACAAUGGCAUGUUACUAGCCAGUAGCAAAUAUUUCAUAGCUUCAUGCGUCGACAACGUACGCUAUUUGGCAAGUUUAGCCGACAAAGUUCAAGGAAAUACUAUUCCUUUAAGUGGUGAGGUGUUUUCAUACACGUUGAAGCAGCCUGUAGGUGUGUGUGGUUUAAUUUUACCAUGGAACGGUCCGGUAAUGAUGUUUCUUUGGAAAGUAACAACGGCAUUAGCAGCAGGAUGUACAGUGGUGGUAAAGCCAGCGGAGCAAACACCACUUACUGCUCUUUAUCUGGCAUCACUUCUGGCUGAGGCUGGCGUACCACCAGGAGUUGUGAACGUUGUAAAUGGGUUCGGUGAAACUGCCGGUGCUGCUCUCACCCAUCAUCCAGAUGUCAACAAAAUUUCAUUCACUGGAUCGCUUGAGGUGGGCAAGCUUAUUCAAAAGGCAGCUGGAACGAAUAAUCUUAAAAGAGUGACGCUGGAACUAGGAGGCAAGAGCCCACUUGUUAUAAUGAAUGAUGCUGACUUGAACGCUGCUGUACCGUAUGCUGCAAAUGGUGUGUUCGGUCACCAAGGACAAAUCUGCGUAGCUGCUUCAAGAUUGUAUGUGCAAUCGGGAGUUUAUGACGAAUUUGUUAAGAGAGCUGUAGAAUAUGCUAAAAAUAUCAAGAUCGGACCACCUAACGAUGCAAGUACACAACACGGACCUCAGAUUGAUGAAACAAUGAUGACGAAAAUCCUAGGAUAUAUAGAAAAAGGCAAACAACAAGGUGCAAAACUUCUAGCAGGAGGGAAACGUUUUGGAAACAAUGGUUUCUAUGUUGAACCUACCGUUUUUGCAGAUGUCACAGAUGAAAUGAUUAUUGCUAGGGAAGAGAUAUUUGGACCGGUACAAAGCAUUUUAAAGUUUGAAACGCUAGAAGAAGUUAUUGACCGUGCUAAUGACACUGAAUACGGUCUGUCAGCUGGAAUAUUCACAUCGAAUUUAAAUACGGCAUUACAGUUUAGCAAACACGCAGAAGCAGGAACUGUUUGGGUUAACAACUAUUUAACCUUUGGACCACAGGCACCCUUUGGGGGUUUUAAGAAUUCUGGUAUUCACAGAGAAAAUGGAUCAGACUGCUUGGACCCAUACUUGGAAGUGAAGACUGUAACUAUAGCGUUACCUAAAAAGGUUCCCAGGGCA